UGUAGGCGACGGGGACGACGCGCGGCAAACAGCUAAUGGCUCACCUUUAUACAGUGCCAAAACCCCUUCGAUACGCACCACUUUUGAAAGGCAAUCAAAAGGUCCUUUGUAUAGCAUCCCAACGGCGCUGCCGUUUUGUUGCGCGACAGGCUGA